AUGAACGGACAAGGUCAAUUAAGUUUAUUGGUUGAUAAUCAGCCAGCCCCUCGUGUUUGCGUUUUUAUUAAUUCUAUUAACGAUCCCGAGAUUCAAAAAGAGAUUAACGAUCCCGUGAUUCAAAAAGAGAUUAACGAUCCGCAGUUAAUUAAUCUUCCGUUCCCUCCAAAAAUCAAUCCUCAUGACCUGGUUGUUCCACGUUCUGAUGGUCAUGUCUCUAGGCCUCCUAAUACCUUUAUGAUCUAUCGUAAACGAUUUGUUGAAACUGCUCGUGCAGCCGGUUAUAACUUGCCAAUGAAUAUUAUCUCUUCAAUGGCAUCUAAAUCAUGGGAAAAUGAAUCAGAUAAUGUUAAAAAAGAAUAUAGGAGAAUCGCGAGAGAAGCUUUUGAUUAUUUUAAUGAAUUAUUUCCUAAAACCAAGCCUAAAAAAAAAAGGGACCAAUGGAGAAAUGUUUCAUUUGACAAAUUUACCUAUAAAACUAAGAUUCCAAAAUCUUUAAAAUCGGUUAAUAAUGAUAAAUCUACAAAACUAACAGAAUUCGAAAUUGUUCUUAAUCAUGAUUUAUCGUUUCCUGAAAUGCCCGGUGAUUUAAAUGAUAUCAAUUCUUUGAAAUUAAACCCUAACUUUUUUGUUGAUAGGACUGAUUUAUUUGAUAAUCAAAAUGCCUACCCAAGUCCUGAUAUAUCCCUAGCUGCUAGAAGUAAUAGUUCACCUGGUAUAGAUAAAGAAUCCGAAUUUAAUUCAGAACCUCUUACUGCUCAAAAUUUUUGUCAUUUUAUGGGUGGUGAUAUUAAUGAUACUUUGAUUGUUGACACUUUAGGUUUCUCUAACGAAACUCCAAAGACAAGUCCAUUUGGAACAUUUGAUACUCAGAACACAUGCGUUUUAAAUGAUUUUAUCAAUUUCGAUAAUUUCAGUGAGAUGAAUGAGAUGUCUUAUGAGCAAUUGCCAUUCAAUUCUUACUAA